AACUGUAAAAAAAAAAAAAAACAAGAACUGAAUAAGCAAAUGGAGAAGAGACAGCAUCGACGACCUCCUCCUCCUCCUCCCCCCCUCCCCUUCGAAAUCCACACGCUUGAUUUAGAGCCAGACCCACCAGGGAACACACAACACUUGUACAAAAAGGGAAAAAAAGAUAUGGUUUUCGACUCGAUCCCCAGUUUCUUCAACAAUAUCAAAAGUUCAAAUAGUGAUCCUUACAGCGAGGAGUAUGGGAAUGCUGUGAUUGUAAGAGCAUAUCCACUUGGUAUGGCACGAGCGAACAGCAAUUUCAAUGUGGAGGAUGGAAGGGAGUCUGGAGUUGAGCCGCAUAAAGGGUUAGAGUUUGAUUCGGCAGAUGAUGCACGUGAGUUUUACAAUGUGUAUGCUACGCGUGUAGGAUUCAGAACUAGGACUGGUCAACUAUAUCGAUCGCGUUCUGAUGGCUCUGUUUCUUCAAGAAGGUUUGUGUGCUCCAAGGAGGGUUUUCAACUAAGUUCUAGGACGGGUUGUCCUGCAUUCAUAAGGGUACAAAGACGGGAUUCUGGAAAAUGGGUCAUUGAUCAAAUGCACAAGGAUCACAAUCAUGAACUUGGAGAUGUGGAGGAAAGCCAUCCUCCGGUUUUGCAGCAGAAAGCUCCUAUGGGUAGGAAAUCAUCAGUUGAGGUUUCUUCGAGGAAGAAAUUGAAGUUGCUUGCAGAAGUUGAUGAUGGACAACCAUGCUCCUCUGGAUCCAUUAGUGUCAAACGGGUUAGAACAGGAGCCGAUGGACAACCAUUAGCUGAACCAUAUGCUGGUUUAGUGUUUACAUCAGCUGAUGAAGCAUACAAUUUUUAUGUAAGGUAUGCAGAUGAAGCUGGAUUCAAAACUCGGAUUGGCCAGCUGUUUCGAUCAAAGAAUGAUGGGUCAAUUACAUCCCGGCGAUUUGUGUGCUCUAAGGAAGGAUUUCAGCACCCUUCAAGAGUAGGCUGCGGGGCUUUCAUGAGAAUUAAGAGACAAGAAUCUGGAACUUGGAUGGUGGACCGUCUUCAGAAAGAUCAUAAUCAUGAUCUUGAGCCACAUACAGGAACUCAUAAGAAAAGUUCCACAGCUUCAAAGAAAUUUAUAGAUGAGGUAAAUGGUGGACUAGACUCCUUGGAUCUAUUGGAGAUUAAUAAUGGUGUCCAUUUCAAUAGCAGUCAGGGUAACAAUAUUGGAAGUGAAUGGUACCGAUUGCUUCUCGAUUAUUUUCAAAGUAGGCAAGCUGAAGAUACAGGAUUCUUUUAUUCGGUGGAAGUUGAUAAUGGUGUUUGCAUGAGUAUUUUCUGGGCAGAUGGCAGAUCUAGAUUUGCAUGCAGUCAAUUUGGUGAUGUUAUUGUUGUUGAUACUUCAUACAGGAAGACUAAUUAUCUGGUGCCAUUUGCAACAUUUGUCGGAGUUAACCACCACAAGCAGCCAGUGCUACUUGGGUGUGCUCUAAUUGCCAACGAGUCUAAGGAGUCUUUCAUCUGGUUAUUUCGAACAUGGCUUAGGGCAAUGUCUGGGUGCCGUCCGAAGUCAAUUAUAGCUGAUCAAGACAUGGCAAUCCAACAAGCGAUUGCCCAUGUUUUUCCUGGGACUCGUCAUCGUUUUUCAAUGUGGCAGAUUAGGGAAAAGGAAAGAGAGAAUUUAAGGGCAAUGUCCACUGAAUUCAACUAUGAAUAUGAAAAGUGCAUCUAUGAGAGCCAGACAAAUGCUGAAUUUAAUACCAUGUGGAAUGCGCUUGUCAACAAAUAUGGUCUGAAGGAGAACGCAUGGCUCAAAGAAAUGUAUGAAAAGCGUGAAAGCUGGGUUCCAUUGUACCUCCGAGGUACUUUUUUUGCUGGUAUUCCCAUGAACGAAAGUAUGGAAUCAUUCUUUGGUACAUUCUUGAAUGCUGAAACACCACUUGGAGACUUUAUAGCACGAUAUGAGCAAGGCCUUGAGCAACGUCGCGAGGAGGAAAGAAAAGAGGAUUUUAACUCUUCUAAUUUGCAGGCUUAUCUGCAAACAAAGGAACCAAUAGAAGAACAAUGUAGAAGGCUCUAUACACUUCGUGUGUUCCAAAUAUUUCAGAAGGAACUUUUGCAAUGCUAUAAUUAUCUUGGAAUAAAGUCUUACGAAGAAGGCACCAUCAGCAGAUAUUCAGUGCGAAGAUGUGGGAAUGAGAUUGAGAAACAUAUGGUUACUUUUAGUGCAUCCAACUUCGAUGUCAGUUGCAGUUGUCAAAUGUUUGAAUUUGAAGGUGUGCUGUGCAGGCAUGUUUUGAGGGUCUUCAUCAUGUUGGACAUAAGAGAAAUUCCAUCUUGCUACCUCUUACAUCGGUGGACAAGAAAUGCUGAGCAUGGUAUUGUUUGCGAUGUUGACUCUGGGGUUAGCUUUCAAGAACUCAAGGCCUUAAUGGUGUGGAGUUUAAGGGAAACGGCCUGUAAAUACAUAGAGUCUGGGACAACAUCUCUUGAAAAAUACAGACUUGCCUGUGAUACUAUGCGAGAAGGUGCAAAAAAAAUUUGCCGACAUAGGUAAGCCUUGGAUGGGACCAAUGACAUGCACGGCUAACUUUUGUACCUUGUUUCUGGCCAACUUCACUGUAUACUGAUAACUUGGGAAUAAUGGCAUUUCUCUCGCAUGUUGUGCAUUCCAAUUUCUUACAAUACUAAUUUAAAAGAUUGUCUGUA